CGGAGGAAAACACGGAGGAAAACGGGAAGAAAAUUGUCUUUUUGUUAUUUUUUUACGAUAUUUCAUAGUUUUUGAACGGUUUUCAAAGGGAAACUAACCAGCUUCGUUGGUUAUUCGACUUAUAUCGACGUGCCUGCAGCUGCACAGUCCGUUUAAGUUGAAAAAUGGCGAAUGAACAUCUUACUGUCACUGUUAGAAGGGGAAAAUUUUGUUUGUUCCUUAUCGUUUUAACAGUUACUAUAAAAAAUUCUGCUGGAUCAGUCCGAAUUUCUGCGUCAGAUCAGAAGUGUCUUGGUCAGUACUGUGGAAGACUUAAUGGAACUGAAUGUGGGCGUUGCCCUAGAGGAUAUCGGACAGAUGGAUACUUUUGCAGAGAAUGUUUAAACAAUCCUACCCUGUAUGACUGGCUAUACCUGGGUUUCAUGGCUCUUGUGACAACCCUGAUGCAUUACACAUUUAACUACCAAUAUUCCCGAACACAAAAGCACAUGGUGAUAAUGCAAAUCUCAGCUACGCUAGAAUCACUGCUUUCCGGGCUAUUUACACUUCUUGUCACAGAACCAAAAGGUUCGCUUUUGAUACAUACUUGUGAAGUGAAGAAGCUUUCAGACUGGUACACUGUGUUCUUCAAUCCCAAACCUGACCACGUCAAUGAAAUUCGAUGCACACAGGAGGCUGUUUAUCCACUCUAUUCCAUGGUGCUAUACUACUAUGCAUUUUGUGUUCUGUUAUUGCUUGUUUUUCGGCCAUUAAUUUCUAUGAAACUGUGCGAAAGCCAAGGUUCAAAAUGCAUUUAUGCGGCAUUGUAUUUCCUGCCGAUCACAGCUAUGAUUCAUGCAACUUGUGCUGGAUUAUUAUAUUAUUCAUAUCCGUAUCUGCUAUUAAUUGGAUCUAUUUUGAGUACAGCUAUUUUGCUCGCAAUGAAAAAGAUUGCAAAUUUCAAAGACCUGCUGGCUAAGAAAGAUGUUAUUGUCAUACUUAUUGGCCACUGGAUUCUACAUGCUUUUUCCCUAAUUGCAUUGACAGAAUGGUCUGAACCUAGUGUCAAUGGUCCGCUAUUUCUUAUGGUGUUCUUUCCUUCUGUGUUCUACAUUAUGACAGUCAAAUUGUCCAGUCCAAACAAGUUCACAGGACCAUGAGCUCAACAGCAAUUCAUGGUGUCAUAAGUAGUUCAACCAAACUCUUGAUGGUGGUUCUAAGGAAUUGGUCAUAUGAGAAGCCGAUACUGUGCAUUAGGUAGUGAUACCAAGACAUGGUUUAUCACCACUAACCAGAGGUGAUCUAAUGAAGGUGGUCUACAGAAGUGAUUCUAUGGACGUUUUAGAUGGUUUGUCUCUUAACUACCCGAGAAAGAUAUCCCAAACACUGGUGAUCUGAUAAAGUCAGUAUUCUCUAAUAAUACAUCAUUAAACUAACUGAGAAAGAAAUCUCAUGUAGUGAUAUAAAUGGACAUGGUAUGCUGUCCACUUUUCCAAGGUAGUAGGGAUGUACCAGUUAGAAGACUUAGUCAUGAUAUAAGGUUGUGACUACAACUGUGCUUUAUGAGUCUCUUAUAAGUGACACAUUACUAUUGUGCAUAUGGAUGUUUACCUUGUUGUUAAUGCACUAUUCAUAGUUGCACAGAGAAAUAGAGAGUAGUUCAACACACAUCCCAUGAAAACAUCCACAAUUAAAACAGGCUGAAAGUAAAAACAAUGUAAUCAACUGAAUGUAUUCUGCACAUAACUGUAUUCCCACAAAGGUCUAGUAUAGAUCAUCUCUUUACCAAAGCUCAAACAAUGGCAUACCAGGCCACAUCUCUUUUUGACGAGAUGAAGCGAGGUGAUCUAUGCUCAUAUUUUAGCCACUCAGCGCUAAUAGAAAUAGAAAUCCAUUCCAUUAUAUCUUUUGAAAUUCUUUAUGAAACUUGUUGAAAUUUUGUGAUUAUCUUUA